AUGCAUCGGCAAUGUCAGACGUCUUGUCAACCAGGCUCGUCUUCCAAACAACAGAUUGAGAUGUGCCGUCUUCGGGUUCAGUGGCCGAUGGAGAUGCAGGCUAACGCAAGCCGGUUGAACUCCUACACCCAGCAACUAUGUGUGAACGAUGCUGUAGUUAGAGACAACAAGACUUCGGCGACUGAAAAGGAGCUAUCGCCCAAAUUGCCGAAGGGAUCGAAGAUCAGCCAGCAGGUCACUUUCACCUCCAAGUUUGUAGAACACGCGAGCGAAGUUAGGGAGGCGAUGAAUAUUAGCAGCGCCCUUAAAAUCAAGUAUGGCGGAUUCGGCGUUAAGGGGUCCGGAUCCUAUAUCGGUGCCUCAAAGGUCAAGGAAAGUGAUCUUAACUUCUUUGUCCAAGUCAAGGUGGUCAAUCAGCAGCUGGUCACAGAUGACGUUACCAACUUCAUUUCGGGUUUCUUGGAAGGAGGAGAAUUUAGCGCAUUAUUAUGGGUCAAACUAGCCGAUAAAGACAAGAAAACAGAAAUAAAGGGUGAACUAUCGUUGAGUCUUGAAAAGGCGGGAUUUGGUAUCUCGGGAGAGGCCAAAGGAGAAUACGAUAAAGCAGAGUUGAUCAAGGACUCAGAAACAUCUAUCACAGUUUCAUGGUCUGGAGGUGGUGAGAUCCGAGAUGACAAAGCAGCGGGCUGGGCAAUCGACAGCAUGGCGAUAGCAGCCUUUGCAUUCCCAGACAAUGUCCGCACCUCUCCUCCGAGAACCACGUUACGCUCUUACCAGCUCCUGUCUAACAAGGGGAGUGCAUUGGACUACGAAAACGCAGGCGUUUACACAAACUCCAUGCCGGAAAGCUACCUCAAGUAUAAGAGUGUUUGGAGAACGAUCCAAUCAAGUAAGCAAAGCAUACAUUGUGAAGCCUGUUCAUCGAGCUACCCACAAGCAGUGAGUGAGGAUCUCGCUAAAGAAUCCAAAUCGUUACAGAAACGAUCGAAUGCAGCAUCUAUCUCUGCAUUUAUUAAGGCGACGGUAGAAGAGGUUAAGGGCCUGACGAAGGACAACAAUGAAAAGAAGCUGAUGGAUGCACUACCACAAACGGCGUAUGAUGCAACUAUAACUAGUCUUGAGAGAGCCUGUCGCCGCAGCCGUUUGCAAAUGAUUCGCAUCGUCCAAGAGGUCGACGCCGUCUCAAACGGUCCAUCAGUAGCUAUUGACCCAGACCGAGUAGGGCGGUUUCUCAGUCCGGUUUUGUUUCAACAGCUACUUCCAACGGUCAAACCUGUGGUUACAGAGGAAGAUUUCGAAAAGUGGAAAUAUAAACACAAGGAGCUGCAAAAAAGGGUCAACAAUCUCGAAGAAAGCACUAAAGGGCUCAAAGAGACAACUGAGGGUCACAGCAAGAGCAUUGAUCUAAGUACAUGCCUAACACAACAGUCACACUCUUCUCCUGACAUGAUCUAUAUGUUUUGA